GCGUCAAUUAUGGCUCAAUCAGUGCUCCCAAAAGAGAUUGGUGACGCGGCUCAGGAUGGCGAAAUGAGUCAGGUCUGCGCGUGGCUCGACGCGGGCGGCUCCGUCGACGCGCGGGACGACGACGGCUUCACGCUUGUAAAUUGCUGCGCGUAUGGACCUGGACCCCUCUUUAUGGUUGGAGACGAGCAGUUGGCUUUGGCGCGCCAUCUCGUGUCUCGUGGAGCAAACGUUAAUAUAUGCCCCUACGACGGCGUUGGGUGGUCCCCGUUACACCAUGCCUGUGGCAAUAUUCGCACAGAUUGUGCAGCGUCGUCCAUGGUUUCACUUCUAUUGGCCGCAGGGGCGAACGUAAACGCCAGAAAUCAAGACGGCGAUACGCCGCUCGCGAUUGGCCUUAACGACUUCAAUGCUCAGCGAGGGACGGACCAUUGGCUGGACGUUGUGACGUUACUUUUGAAAGGAGGGGCGUCGUUAGACGAGUGCAGAAGUGGAAGGUCGGCCGAGGACAUAUUAGUGAAUGGAUUCCGAGCGGACCGAACCUCCUCUGCAGUGCCCUCCGAGCCUGAGCAGGAAAAUGUAAAUCGGCUCGCCGAUAACUUCCUCGCUGUUAAAGCUCUCAUAGACAAUGUGCGAAAACACGGGUCGUACAAACGCUACAUGAGAGCGCCGCAUCGAGACGUCCUUGCCUGCCGCAGCCUCGCGAUGCGGGGUUACCUCGCGCCGAAGGGGACGCGUCGCACGCGCGGGGCUCAGAAAUGGAAGGCGGCCGUCGCCUUCCUCGCCAAGCAGGGCGACAACGGCAUCGUCUGGACCGUCCUCAGCUACUGGCGCGCGACUGAAUAA